ACGGAAGGUCGAUUAUUAUUGAGAUGCCCAGUCCGGUCUCACCAAUCGCGAUCACUUACCUACCCUCACUCACACUCACUCACAUUCACACACACAGAAAAAAAGGAAGGGACUUAUGAUACGUGAUCGAAAAGAGAAGAGAAAAAGCGAUGAGUCUAGCCUUGAGAGUCGAUGUUGAGAGUCGAUUGCCGAGAGUCGAUUGCCGAGAGUCGAACGCGAUCCCCAGUGUCACCCUUGGCUCUUCCCUUGGUCCUGGUGUUGCCUCCGUUGCGCCUGUCCAACCCUUAUUUCCGGUAAUCCUGGCUGCCUCCAACUGGUCCCUGCUUGGUUUGUCCAGUCUCGCGUUCAACGGUGUUGGUCACAACCGGUCUCCUAGUGGACCAGAGGACGGAGGAAUCCUUUUCGGUUUCUCGCCAUAGAAAUAUGGAGUGUCCUUUUGGUUGGAUGCCUUGUCUCCCGGUCUGGUCUACUAUGGUGGGAAAAACCUAACUAAUA